AUGAAGUACCUCCCGACGCAAGCCUUCGAGGCCGUGACGGGCGCUCUCAACUUCAAUACGCCCGACUGCAGUGUCACGGGCGGAUGCGACCUCUACACCACCAAGUCGUCCCGCGCCGAUAAGAAGUUGUGGAAAGCCAUCGACAAGGAUCUCAUGUCGCAGUAUGCCGCUCUGCAAAAGCUCGGCUCAAGCCUCUCACCGCCUCAGCGCGAAGCCAUGAUGGCCACCUCCCCUGACAUGAAGCUCUUCUCCCAAUCGAGUCCGUUCGGCGCUCCGCUCACCGAAAUACACAGCCGUCGCACGUUCGCCUACCUGAUCGCCACCCUCAACGCGAGCCACCAACACUACGACUUCUCCCACGUCCUCCGCCCCGCCGACUUCAAGCGCGAAAGGAACCUGCGCCGCGUCAUGGUCAACUUGAACUCCAUUCUGCAGACGUUGCGACCGCACCCCGAGACCCAGCCGGGGGAUCCCACUUCGUCCGCCGCGAUGGACCCCGCCGUGUGGGGCCCUCAGUGCUGGGCCAUGAUCGAUAAGGAGAUGCGCCUGAACCGAUGCGCCAUCUUUUCCUACUGCCCGGACGACGACCCCUUUGACGAGGACGAGUCCGCAUCCGCCAUCUGGUCCACGCACUACUUCUUCUUCAACCGCCAGAUGAAGCGCAUCGCCUACCUCUACCUCCGCGUCGUGCCCGUCGUCUCGUCCCAGUGGCACGCCCUGCGGCCCAUGCUACCGUCCCGCAGGAGUAGCUCGGGCGCCAAGCGACCCCACGGCGAAAACUGGGACGCCAUGACCGCCAACAAGCGAGCCAAAUACUGGCUGGGCGACCGCGACGCCGACGUCGUGCCCCCGCAGGACGACGACGAGAUCCCCAACGACGGCUUCGUGUGGAACCGCGGCGCAGACGGCGACCUCGUGUCUUUCCUCGACGAAGAGUAUGCCGACGACGACUUGUACUAUGACGAGGACGAAGAGGAUGAAGAUGACGAGGAUGAAGAUGAAGACGAAUACUACGAUACCGACAGACGCAAGAGUAUUGCACGGGGUAUGAGCGAAGACCUGGUCGGUCAUAUGGAGAUUUAG